CCGAGUGACGGAUGUGAUUGUGUGUCUCCGAGGAGCGGUGCAACAUCACCGAGAUCGUGGAUCGUUCUGUCAGUGUGCUCGCGAGAGAGAGAGAGAAAGAGAUGUUCCGUGACAAGGGGACGACAAUCGGAUGCUGGCUCGUGUGGUGCUGCGUCUUUCUAACGUCUUUCCACGUGGUCAGCGAGGCACCAGCAGUCGACGUUAACGAUGUCCUGGUAUUUUCCGUCGCCUCCAACGAGACGGAUGGCUUUCAAAGGUACUUGAGAUCGGUCGAGAUUUAUGGAUUUCGCAAGAACUUGAACGUUCUUGGGCUAGGCGAGCCCUGGAGAGGCGGCGACAUGAAGACUGCCGGCGGCGGAUACAAAAUUAAUCUUCUGAAAAAGGCCUUGGCGGAUUAUCGGAACGACGCAAACAGGAUCGUUCUGUUCACCGAUAGUUACGACGUCAUAUUUCUCGGCGGACUGGCCGCGAUCGUCGAGCGAUUCCUGGAUACCAGCGCGCGAGUCCUAUUCUCCGCGGAAGGUUACUGCUGGCCGGACAAAUCCUUGGCGGCCAAUUAUCCGCCUGUGUCGAGGGGCAAGCGAUACCUGAACUCCGGAGGUUUCAUCGGAUACGCGAACGACGUGUACGACAUCCUGGACAACACGCCCGUCAAGGAUGAAGAUGACGAUCAAUUAUUUUACACCACCGCAUACCUGCGUGAGGAACUUAGAACGCGGCACAAAAUCAAGCUAGAUCAUAAAUCUGAGAUAUUCCAGAAUCUCUUCGGCGCAGUAGCCGACGUAGAGCUCAGAUUCAAAGGAGAAGAGGCUUAUCUCCAGAACAUUGUGUACAGCACGAUGCCCCUGAUACUUCAUGGCAACGGCCCUAGCAAGCUGGUCUUCAAUUCCUUGGGCAAUUAUCUGGCUCGCGCUUGGACACCGGACGAGGGAUGUUCGGCCUGCUGGGACCGUACCGUCGAGCUCGACAAAACCAAGCCGAAUACGUAUCCGGUUAUCGUAAUAGCCGUCUUCAUCGAACAUCCCACGCCGUUCUUGGAAGAAUUCUUUCAAGCUAUCUACCGUCAAGCUUAUCCGAAAUCGAGACUGCAUCUAUUCAUCCACAACAACGUGCCCUAUCACGAAAACGUGGUGUACGAUUUCUUCGAGAAGGUCAAUCAGGAAUAUGUGAGUGCGAAACAGAUAUUGCCGAGCGACGGGAUCACCGAAGCGGAUGCGAGAAAGCUGGCGAUGGAGCAUUGCUUUUUGAAGAAGUGUUCCGGAUAUUUCUCGAUCGACGCGGUUGCGCACUUGGACAACGAGCACACGUUGAAGUUGCUGGUGGAGCAGCAGCGAGGAAUCGUCGCGCCCUUGCUCAUUCGACCGUACAAAGCCUGGAGCAAUUUCUGGGGUGCUAUAACGGAUGACGGAUUUUACGCGCGAAGCUUCGACUACAUGGAGAUAAUAAAAAACGAACGCAGGGGACUGUGGAACGUGCCGUUCGUCAGUAACUGCUACCUGAUCAACGCGACCAUCAUAGCGAACAAGGCGACGCGGCCGACUUACGAGGACGGCGACUUGGACACGGAGAUGGCGUUUGCCCGCGGAAACCGGCAGAGAGGCCUCUUUAUGUACGUCAGUAACAGGCUCGAAUUCGGUCACCUCGUCAAUCCCGAUACUUACGACAUCCGGCUCACCUAUCCGGACAUGUAUCAGAUCAUGGACAACAAGCUGGACUGGGAGAAGAGAUACAUUCACUCCAAUUACAGCGAAAACUUUAAUCCCGAUAAAAAGCCGAUACAACCGUGCCCCGACGUUUAUUGGUUCCCCAUUGCUACUCUGCGAUUCACUAAGGAGCUUAUAGGAAUCGUCGAGACUUUCGGACAAUGGUCCGACGGAUCCAAUCAGGAUUCCCGAUUGGACACCGGAUACGAAGCGGUACCAACUCGUGAUAUUCACAUGAACCAAGUCGGUCUCGAGGAUGCCUGGUUAAAAUUUCUCAAUGAUUAUGUCAGUCCCUUGCAACAGCAUGUCUUUACAGGAUACGAGGACAACCCGCCGCGGUCGCUCAUGAAUUUCGUCGUGAGGUAUCGCCCGGACGAGCAGCCGUCCUUGAGACCGCAUCACGACUCCUCGACCUACACCAUCAACAUCGCCUUGAAUCAAGCGGGGGUGGAUUACGAGGGCGGCGGAUGCAGGUUCAUCCGAUACAACUGCUCCGUCACCGAUACGAAGCCAGGUUGGAUGCUAAUGCAUCCUGGAAGACUAACGCACUAUCACGAAGGGCUGCGAGUGACUGCGGGCACACGUUAUAUCAUGAUCUCCUUCGUCGAUCCGUGAUAAGGCUCGCUGCAAAUCGAUAAAUCGUCGGAUUGUUACUGUAUCGAAAAUACAGACAUACGUAUUAAGAACGGAAAAUGUUAAAAAUGGCGGAGGAACAGCGCAAGAUGUCAAAGAGAAAUAUAAAUCUAUAUGGAAGUGUUCAUUGUUAUGGUCUAGAUACGUCAAUUACCGCUGGUGGACUCAGUGUAUUUAACAAAAGAAGCUGCUUAAUUGAUGUAUUAUUUUUCUACUUUAAUGUAAAUGCACGGCCGAUCGUGUUUCAUAUCUAGUAAUCGCAAAUUUAUAUUAAAAAAAAAUAAAAUAAAAUUGUAAUAUAUGCUAUUGCAAUAAUCACAUUCGUUAAUAUUUGAGCAUACUGGUUGGGGGAAACGAAUCAAUGUUUUCAGCAAUAAAUGUCGUUAAAACGUG